GGUAUAAGCCCUCUUCCCAUGAUCCUUUCCUUCUCUUCGCCAUCUUCCCUCCGUCCCGGCCGCGGCCGUCGCCAUGAAGGUCGAGCUGUGCAGUUUCAGCGGGUACAAGAUCUACCCCGGACACGGGCGGCGCUACGCCAGGACCGACGGCAAGGUUUUCCAGUUUCUUAAUGCAAAAUGCGAGUCAGCAUUCCUUUCCAAGAGGAAUCCUCGACAGAUAAAUUGGACUGUCCUCUACAGAAGGAAGCACAAAAAAGGACAGUCGGAGGAAAUUCAGAAGAAGAGAACCCGGCGUGCAGUCAAGUUCCAGAGGGCCAUCACUGGGGCAUCUCUUGCUGAUAUCAUGGCCAAGAGGAACCAGAAACCGGAAGUCAGGAAGGCCCAGCGAGAGCAGGCUAUCAGGGCUGCCAAGGAAGCAAAAAAAGCAAAGCAGGCAUCAAAGAAGACAGCAAUGGCUGCUGCUAAGGCUCCCACAAAAGCAGCACCUAAGCAAAAGAUUGUGAAGCCUGUGAAGGUUUCUGCUCCCAGAGUUGGUGGAAAACGCUAAUUGGUAGAUCAGAUUUUAAAUAAAGGUCCAUCUAUAACUCUA